UCAGAUAACUUAGACAAGGUCAAGGAUGUUUUAGGUCAGUGGGGGAAGAAGGCGGCAGAGGCAACUAGGAAGGCGGAGGAUUUGGCCGGAAAUAUGUGGCAGCACUUGAAAACGGGUCCAAGUGUGGCUGACGCAGCUGUUGGAAGGAUAGCACAGAGUACUAAGGUUUUGGCUGAAGGUGGAUAUGAAAAGAAUUCAUUUGAAAAUGUCCCAGAUGAGAAGCUGCUCAAAUCUUACGGUUGCUACUUGUCUACUUCUGCGGGCCCCGUUGUUGGUGUCCUCUAUGUAUCAACUGCAAAGAUAGCAUUUUGUAGUGAUAAUCCCCUUUCAUACAAAGUCUCUGAGGAGGUCCACUGGAGCUAUUACAAGGUGGUUAUCCCAUUGAAUCAGCUGAAAGCAGUUAAUCCCACAAUAAGCAAACUAAAUCCAGCUGAGAAGUAUAUCCAGAUUAUUUCAGUUGACAAUCAUGAGUUCUGGUUCAUGGGAUUCUUGAACUAUGAUAGUGCUGUGAAAAAUCUGCUUGGGGCAUUACAAGCUCAUCACUCUUCA